AUGGAAAAUAGCGAUUUAAGUAAAUAUGUAAAUUUGCCUUUCGGUGGAGAAAUGGAUGACAAUGUAGUAAUGGCUGAGGAAAUGGGAAACGUUUCCAUGUCACAAUAUAUAAAUGACACCGAAAGACAUGAGCAAUCCCUUGGAAAUUUAGGUGGAGCCACUAUAGAAAACGGAAAUGGUUUUACAGUUGAAGAUUUGAAUUAUAUACAUUUUGAUGAAUUUGUUCACUCCUCUGAUACUAUUGCUGUGACUGACGGUCCACAAAUAAUAUGGAAUAUCAGUGCAACACCGGACGGUCAAAUAACUACACAAGAUUGGAAUACAUCUUCUCUCGUACUUCAUGAUUCUGUACAAACGGUUCAGGAUAACAAUGCCCAAUCGAUGUUGAUAAACCCUGAGGCAGCUACGCAGUUUCUUAUCGAUCCCACCCUAAUGACGCAGCCACAACAACCUAUACAAGUCCAACAAGGGCAUUCUUACGGAACUCGGUUCGCAAAUCAAAUGCGACCUACCCCUGGAAUCCAACCUCGGCAAAGAAGACAAAGACCUAAAAAGGGUCAAGGAGAGACUGAUGAUGGACCUUACUGUAUAUGUCGUGGUCCAGCUUUCGGAGUCAUGGUUGAAUGUGAUUCGUGCAAUGAGUGGCAAGUUUUAAUUUCAAUAGUGAUCGCAAAAAAUAAAUUGUUCAUAACUUUUAUAAAUGCCUGGCCCAAGUGUGUGAAUAUCACGCCACAACAGGCGCAGGAAGUUGACAAAUACCAUUGCCCAAAAUGUCAAGUAGAAAAUCCUUCGCUCAUUGGUUUAAUCAAAGAUGAUCGCCCAAUGGCAGAGGCUACGGGCAUCGAUCCAAAGGCAUUGUUAAUCGAAGAGCCAACUUCCAGUGAACCUCCAAAACCAACGAAAUGUUUGUUUAAAGAUUGUUCAAAACCUGCACGUGAAAAUAAUCCUUAUUGUGGUGAAAGCUGUUUAUUACGUGACAAGAUUCUAGAGAUUAAAAUGACAAAGGGAUCGGAUGCAUCUUCACCACCUGCUGCCGCGGAAACAAAAAAAGUGCAUCGUCCUGUACUUCCAAAACCUGCACAACCUGCAGCACUUAACGGGUCUUUACAUACAACUAAUAAAAUAGGCCUUGUUAAUCAAAGGCCCCCUUCUAUGAUUUCUAAUUCUGCGCCAGCAGGCACAAAACCGUCAUCUCAAAUUAAAAAGAUGCCCGCACAGCAGAAAAAAAUGUCAGGAAGUUCGGGUGAUAAUGCUACCAAAGUGCGAAAUAUAUGUUUGGAAAAAUUCCAAUCUCUUUUCGCUAAAAAAUAUAAUGAACUGAGCGAAAAAGGAGAAUUACAAAAUACACAAGAAGGACCGGAGCAACUAGCUCAGCGUCUUGCCCGGCGUAUCGAGGAAUCUAUUUACGAUAAUUUCGCCGCUAAAACUGAUAAAGACGGUUUGGGUCAGAAUUAUAAAUCAAAAUUUCGAAAUCUUCAUACGAGUCUUAGUCAUCCAAAAAACGAAGAUUUAUUAAUGCAGGUCGUCAAAGGUGACAUUCCACCAGUUCGAUUAGUAAUGAUGUCUGCAGAAGAGUUGGCGAAUCCUGAACAGAAAUCCUUAAUGGUUAAAGUUCGUAGAGAAAGUAUGCAACAAUCGGUUUUGAAAGUUGAUGACGGGCCAAGAAUCAAGAAAACUCAUAAAGGCGAAUUCAUAAUAAUUGAAGGUGGACAUGAAUCGCCUAAACGUGAUGCACCAGAUGCCAAUUCUGCUGCAUCUACCGCAAAUGGCACUUUUACCUCAUCUACUAACACAAGACCGAAAAUAAAUAUUGAAGACUUAGUGCCUAAACGACGUGCUAGCACAGCAGAUGGUAAUAAUCCAUUAUCUGCAAACAGUGACACAUCAAAAGAUGAUUCUUUGUCUCGGAGGACUUCAUCUAGUACGGAAGACCUCAGAACUAAUUUCUUUAAAGUUACGCCACAUGAAGAAAAUAAUGAUGACCAACAACCUGCCAAUAAUAAUAACAUGUUUAUUGAUACUGAUGUGACAGGUAGUCCUACGGCAAUUUCGGUGAGUUCACCAGUGAAUUCACCACAACUUUCUCCUCAAGUAUCGCCUAAGAUGAGUCCUCAUACUCCUCCUGGUGUACCUACUAACCUUAACGAGCCUAAACUAUCAUUAAAUUAUUUAUGGUCGGGUAAAUUGGUAUAUGAUAGUGUAGCCAGAUUUUCUGGCAAAGCAAGCCUUGUUGCCGCAAAAAAACGGAGUAAAGAAAGAUGUUGGGAAGAUUUUCUUGCAACGGUUAUCAGGGUUAACGGUCACGUGUCGCGGGUGGAUGAAGCGGAAACAUAUUUAAUUGAUAGUUGGUGUUCGCCUUCAAAAGAUGUUGCUAUUAUCAAAUUUGAUUAUGUUGAUAAUCUUGAUGACAAGCAACAAUUUGAUAUGAUAUUUAAUUACUUACGCUAUUCUCAAAAGGAUAGGGUGAUGCGUUAUGGACGCGUUGCAAAUGCGUAUAGUAAUGUUAGGGAAAUGUACAUUAUUCCAUUAGAACCAGAUGAUAAAGUACCUGACGUUUUUACCUUUUUAGAUUAUGAUGAGCUACUAAUACCAAAAAAUAAUGAAAAACGUCAAUCAAAAUUAUUAUUGGGUGCUAUUGUCAUUGUUGAAGCUGAAUCUGUGAAAACGAAACGUCCACGUGAAUUGAAUGUGAAUAAUGCAACACGGUCAAUUAAAAAAGAGAAAGUAGAAACUGCAUAUAAUGGUCAAUUGGGUAGUAAUGUCCAACCAAAUAUCGGAGCUAAUGUUAUAACUAAUAGUCCGGUGGCCCACAUUAUGACACCACAGACGAAUAUGGUUAUAGCCCCAGCGAACUCACCGCCAAACCAGCAAAUUUCUCCAAAUGUGACGGCGGUGACGUCAGCACCAAGCGGAAUUUUUCCCGGGUUGCUGCAGUCUUUAUUAGCUGCUCCCAGUCAAAAUACAUCAUCAAAUCAAUUCCAACAACCACAACCUCAAUUUAAUGGACCUCCGCCAAGUGGUCCUCCAACCGCUUAUGCUAUGCCUACGCAACAACCGCCACCACAGAUGCAUAUGCCUUCUCAACCAAACCAAUACCCUGCACCUUUUCCAGCCGCAGCACCGCCACCGAACGGUCAGUUUAUGCCACCACCACCACCACAUGUCGUACAAGGUCCUCCACAACCAGCGCCACAAGGACAAAUGCCUCCACCGGGGCAGAUGCCACCGGGAUUUCCCCCCCAAUAUGAACAAUUUUAUGCACAUCCACACCCAAAUUAUCCACAUACACAACCUCCUGCAAUACAGCCGCAGCAACAAAUUCCAUAUGGCCCACCAGCACUUGGCCAGAAUGUACCACCUCCAGUUGGUCAGAACGUACCACCUCCAGUUGGUCAAAAUGGGCCACCAUCUGUUGGUCAAAAUGUACCACCAUAUCAUUAUCCACCAGUGCCAUCAGAUAACAGACGUCCUGGCGAACAGCCUCAAUGGGUGCCUCCACAGGAUAAUCGUCCAUGGGAUAAAACUAACAAUCGGCCACCUAUGUGGGAAAGGAAUUCAGAUAACAGGCCAAUGGAUCUCGAUAAUCGAUCAUCAUGGGAUCAUGAAGACCGACGAUCUUAUGACAUGAGACCACCGAGAGAUCGAAAUCAUCGACGACCAUCACCCCCUCAUUCAGAUUAUCGUGAUUAUCUUGACAGAAGACAACGAAACCAUCAUCGUAAUCGACAGGAUAGCCCAAGAAGUAGAGGAUCUAGAAAUAGUGGAGGAAAAAGUGAUCGUGAUUGGAAUGAGCAAGAGCGCGAUUGGGGAGAUCGAGAUAAAGACAGAGAAGAAAGAUUUGAUCGCGGAAGAGAUCAGCAUCGUGACAACGAUCGAAGUAUUCGUGGUGGUAGAGGAGGUGGGGGAAGGUAUCGUCCAAGAGCUUAA